CUCAAAGCAAGCUUCCUUCGUGAUAUGGCCCCUGUUGUGAUUGGAAGGUUGAGAAGUUGCCUCACGCCAUGCUCAUUCCUGGGAUUCAGGAUCGUUUUUCGACAACUGUCGAGUGAAGCAACUCAAAGAUCCAGCGCUGAAAAAUACUGGCAAGUCAGCUCACAUGGCCGAUGCUGUGACACAAGAGGACAAAUCAAGUUGGGGCAUUUGAAGGCUGAUGGCUAUGCCCAGGUGAACAUUUUGGGUCACUUCUUCCGAGUCCAUCGUUUGGUAGCAUUUGCUUUUUUUGGCCCACCCCCGAGCAAAGACGCCUGGCAAGUGCACCAUAGAGAUGGGGACCGAUCAAACAACCAUAUGAAAAACUUGGAGUAUGUCACAUGCAGCCAAAAUGUUCGCUUUUCUUUUUUAAACCCUUCCAGAACCGGGUCCGGUCCAGCGCAAUCCAAGCCAGUCAUGUGUCGACCGAUAGGGUGCGAAACUUGGACCACCUACUCAUCGGUCACACAAGCAGCACAAACACUUCAAUUGUCCAUUGGAACGGUGUCCAAAUGCUGCAGGGAUGAAUGUCCAGCCAAAGGUUUGGAGUUCCGCUUUCGAAAGUCAGCUGACCACAACCUGGAAGGAGAGGAGUGGCGGCCAAUGCUGGAUCCGGAAUCAGGUGUUGAGGUACCUGGAAGGAUGGUCAGUUCACUUGGCCGAAUCAAGUCAAGGAGUGGGGUGGUUCACAGAGGCCAUCUUUCCAAGCAGGGAUACUAUGAAACGAAAAUCAUUGCAGAUCCAGUUGCAAAAGGACAACUUGUUCAUCGCUUGGUUGCAAUUGCUUUUCUGGGCUAUCCCCGUAGUGAGAGGCACAUUCAGGUAAAUCACAAAGACGGAAAUAAAGGUAAUAAUGCAGUUGUAAAUUUGGAGUACGUAACUGCAUCUGAGAAUGCAAUCCAUCGCUCUAGAAUGGUGCAAAGCAACUCCGAGAGAAAGGGUGGCAUGUCGCCUCUCGCAAAGCCGGUUUGGAGCAGAGAAUUUGGAAGUACUCAUGAAUGGACGUGGCACCCAUCCAUGACACAAGCAGCAGAUGCGUUGGGCGUACGGUUGGGGAAUAUAUCAGCAUGCUCUCGAGGGCUCCAGAGACAGACAGGAGGCUUCGAGUUUCACCUUGCAGAUGCAGAAGUUGUAUCCAAACUGAUUCCAGGUGAAGAAUGGCGGAAGGUGGACCUGCCAUUGCUUCUGCAAGAGAAGUGGCUCAGAUCGAGCUGACUGGGAAGAAUUUCCUGCCCAGGUGGUAAUGCCUGGUGACCAUCCGGCCUCCUGGCCCUCGGGUGAAGUGGCCGAAGUCAGACGCUUUGGCAAGAGGGCACCGCCGAUCCUUUCAGAUUGAGGCCAACUUUAUUUAAAGAAUGUUUUGGGCCGAGUUGGCGCCGUGACCUGAAAGCCUGUUGCUAUCCCUGUGUGGGUAAGCAGUAAGCUUGCAAAA